AUGUUUCCUAUUACCCUAAAUUGGAACAAAGUUAAGAACAAGCUAGACAACUUAAAGAAGCAGUAUGAACUCUAUCAUAAAAUCAUGUUUGGAUCAACUGGUCUUGAAUUCAAUCCCAUGACAGGAAGUCUUGAUGCACCAGAUGAUUGGUGGAAAGACAAAAUCAAGACUUAUCCUGAAGCUUCGAAACUUCGCUCGAAGCCACUACGAUACAUUCCGCUUCUUCAUGUGGUUUUUGGAGAUAAAACUGUCGUGGUUGAGGACUCAUGGCAACCGAGACCUGGUGCACACUCUCGUGCUCCACCAGCAGACUUAAGUGAAAACGACAGUCUGAACAACAAUGCAGAUGAAAGAGAAGAUCCAACUCAGAAUAAUUGUCUGCAUCCUGGAGAUGAGUGGUUCGAACAAGUUCCGAUGGAAUUUUCUCCAAAUUUGAACGAAACAGAUCCGUCGUUGGCAUCGCAACCUAGUUCUUCCACACACACUCAAGUGAAAAAUAAGUCUAAAGAGUCAACAAACUCAACUGAAGAACGCAUGGCUCUUGUUGUCAAGUAUGUAAGGGUGGUACCUGAUCUAGUUCCUAUGACAGAGCUUUAUUGGGCUUCUCUCGAUCUAAUUGCAACAAAUGAUGUUGUGCGGGGAUUAUUUCUUGCUCUUCCAGAUGCUGAAAAGUUACCUUUUCUGAAGCGCCAAACCAAGGAGUCUCGUAAUGACUUCUUUGAUGAUUAG